AUGCCUUCUGACUGGACUGUAGAUCCUGAUAACCGAAGACGCUUGUUAGCUCUUCAAAAACAAGGCACAAACAAACAAUGCUUCGACUGCGGUGCUUCCAACCCGCAAUGGGCUUCUCCCAAGUACGGCAUUUUCAUCUGUUUAGACUGUGCCGGUAUUCACCGUGGCCUUGGUGUCCACAUCUCUUUUGUUAGAUCCGUCACCAUGGACCAGUUCAAGCCCGAAGAGAUGAAAGCUAUGGAAAUUGGAGGCAACGAGCGGGCCCGUGAGUGGAUGGAGAAGGAAGGUCUAGACAUGACUCUUAAGCCACAAGAAAAGUAUAACUCAGACAUUGCUCAAGACUACAAGGAUAUGCUUGCAGCUGAAGUUCAAGGUGUUGAAUGGGUCCGUCAAAAGCGUGAGCCCAAGGCCUCUUCUGCAGCAAAACCAAAGACCCCUGUGGCUAGUAGUAAUUCUGGUGGAAACACUAUCAUUACCAAUAGACGAUUUGGUGAUGGUAAUACCGGUACUUCUACCGAUCCUACUCAAAAGACUCGCAACGAGGAAUACUUUUCGACUCUUGGUAAAGUUAACGAAAACAGACCUGACAACCUUCCUCCUUCGCAAGGCGGAAAGUACGCUGGAUUUGGAAACACUGCCUCAGAACCCCACCCUGACAGUGCUGCUUCUGUUUUUGACAAUUUUUCAAAUGAUCCUCUUGGCUCCAUGAGCAAGGGCUGGAGCAUUUUCUCUCGUACCAUCUCCAAGAGUGUCGAUCAAGUUAAUGAACAGUACAUUAGGCCUGGUGUCAAAAACUUCCAAGAGGGCGAAUACGGUCAAACAACUAGAAAGGCAGUGUUGCAGUUUGGCCAAAAAGUUCAGGAAACUAGCAAGUAUGGCAUAGAAACAUUCAACACUUUUACCACAUCUUCCACUUCAACAAGCAGACAACAAGGCGGAAAUACUUACUCAAAGCUUUUUGACGAUUUGGGCGAAGAAAAUUACCAAGUUGGUAGUCCCGAGAUUGAGCCAGCUUUUGGCUUAUCCAAGCCGGAUGCUCACACUAAUCUGCAAGGGAUUGAAAACCCAGAAGCAAAGAACAAGAAGAGUGACUGGGAUGAUUGGUGA